CAUUGAGAGCAAGGUUUUGGAACAUGAUACAUCAUCCAAGUGAAGUAUGUGAUAUAAGCUGUCCAACAUAUAUUCAGCUAUCAAAAAGAGCUCAGAAGGCCAUUGAAAUUAAGACAUUCACAAUGAGUGCUGAAAGGCAAAAAUCAUGUUUUGAAAAGAUAAAUGAGGAUGAGGCAGUUGAUGCACCAACCCCUGAUGCAUCAUUAGAGUUUUAUUCAAAUCAGAUCCAAGAGAAGCAAUCCUGUAAUGACAUCAAAUCAGAUGCAGAUACUAUUUCUUAUUUGGAAUGGAGUGAAUUGAACAGGGGAUUCAAUGAACACAAUAACCAUGAUAAGAUGAUCCUAAGGAUCAAGUAUGAUAAAAUUCAAGUGCCUACAACAAAAAUUCAAUCCGGUCAACCAACCACAAUAGACUUCAAGGAUAUUUCUGGCAAACAACAAAUGUAUUCUGAUAUUCCAUACCUUUCAUGA